UGCAAUUUAUUCUAAUUUUUACCGUAACCUCAAUUGCAACAUCCUCUUUCGCACACGGAAAUGCCGAGGUGGUUGCACUGUGAGCAAUGUGAGAGCCAAUGCGCUAUGCUAGGCUGGGAGUGAAUGAGGAUUUUAUGGUAAUUCCGAGUGUGUUUCGAGCCAGGCAAUAUCUUGGAGGUGAAAAGUAGCCUCGACGCGGGAACAAAGAAUUAAUAAUAUGGUGCUAUAGUGAAUGAGCUCUGGAACCUUUAGGAACCCCUUUGCCACUCUUGCGCCCAAUAUCUCCCGGUGAAGUGUUUGUGAUUUGGAAGAGAUGGUAGAUGAAUUCACGGUGGAUCAUCGGAAGUUCGGCAAAUUGCGAAUGUGCGAUUCUGAUUGUAAUGCAUAAAUCAGCUCUCAGGACGCACUAAACAGGAUUACUUUAUCACCAUGGAUAUCGAAGUAGACAUUAAGCUUCUUACAACGGGAUAUUUGGAUAGCACGGUAACGUCAAAUUUUAAUGAUACCACCUGGCCAAAGAUCGUGGAACAUCCGGAGGAUGCGGAGGAGGAGCCAGACGCUGUGACAUUGUUAUCAAUUUUACUUGUUGGUGUUUUUUUAUCGCUACUCAUUUUCUUGUCGGUUGCUGGCAACAUUUUAGUGUGUAUCGCCAUUUACACAGAACGGAGCUUACGACGAAUCGGAAAUUUAUUUUUAGCCUCUUUAGCCAUAGCCGAUCUAUUUGUCGCAUCACUAGUUAUGACCUUUGCGGGGGUGAACGAUUUAUUAGGUUAUUGGGUUUUUGGUGCCCAAUUUUGUGACACUUGGGUUGCCUUCGAUGUGAUGUGCUCGACUGCCUCCAUUUUAAAUCUAUGUGCCAUUUCGCUGGAUCGAUACAUUCACAUAAAGGAUCCUCUCAGGUAUGGACGAUGGGUGACCCGUCGAGUGGCUGUGGGCACCAUUGUGGCCAUUUGGCUGCUGGCCGGACUCGUGUCCUUUGUGCCCAUCUCCUUCAAUCUGCAUCGACCCAACACACCGGACGAUGACAAUGGCAAGAAGUACCCGACAUGUGCACUGGACCUCACCCCAACCUACGCCGUGGUCUCCAGCUGUAUCAGCUUCUAUGUACCUUGUAUCGUUAUGAUUGGAAUUUACUGCAGAUUGUAUUGCUACGCUCAGAAGCAUGUGAAAUCGAUACGGGCCGUCACUCGACCGGGCGAGAUUGCUGAGAAGCGCUACCGCAGCAUCAGGCGUCCGAAGGCACAGAAGAAGCUCAAGAUUCGCCAACUGCACACGUCCUCGCCGUAUCAUGUGUCAGACCACAAGGCGGCAAUUACGGUGGGUGUUAUCAUGGGUGUCUUCCUCAUCUGCUGGGUGCCCUUCUUCUGUGUCAACAUCGUCGCGGCAUUCUGCAAGACAUGCAUCGGCGGUCAGACCUUCAAGAUACUCUCCUGGCUCGGCUACUCCAACUCCGCAUUCAAUCCCAUCAUCUACUCCAUCUUCAAUGCCGAAUUCCGCGAGGCUUUCAAGCGCAUCCUCACCACCAGGAACACGUGGUGCUGCUGCUCCAAUGAAAUGGGCAACGUCCAUCCGCGCAACAGUGAUCGCUACGUGACGGACUACGCGGCAAAGAACGUGGUGAUGAACUCCGGACGCUCAUCGGCAGAGCUGGAGCAAGUGUCUGCAAUUUGACCGCCUGCGCGCCCACCAAGGCACGAUGGUGGCUGUCUCUAGACCCAAUCUUCAUCAUCUCGUCCAGCUCGAUCGCAGACACUGCAAGUGCGCGAGUGCAAAGUGUGGACAGCUGUGUGACCGCACGAACAGAGCUUUCCCGCGGGACAAUCCUAGACAUGGUGAGCACGUCCUCAUCGUCUGUACAUAAGGUGACUGUGAACAUUUGUGUGCGGUGUACAUAGAGAGAGAGAGAGAGAGAGAGAGCUUAAGGCAGGGGAAAACCCGUGCAUAAAUGGAAAUGUGUGUAUAUGAUUUACAAGGAGCAAAAGAGCUCACAGUGGGUGAAAAAUUUUCCAUCAAAAUUAAUCCCGGAAGGAGAGAUAAUCUCUUCGUCUUCUC